AUGGCUUCGUCGCGUGUGUUCGUGAAGGGCUUACCCCCAACCUUCACUGAGCCCGACUUUCGAAAACACUUCUCUCAGAAUGGACGACACGUUACUGAUGUCAAGAUCUUCCCUUCCCGUCGAAUAGGAUACAUUGGCUACAAGACCCCGGAGGAUGCACAGAAAGCCGUGAAGUAUUUCAACAAGACUUUCAUUCGCAUGAGUCGCAUCGGAGUUGAGUUGGCACGUCCAAUCGAGGAACCCGAGAGCUUGAAAGCAUUAGGCGCCGAGAAUAAAGACAAUGAUGGAAGCAACACAGCAGACGAUGGGAACAAGCUCAAGCGUAAGAGGGAGGACCUAGUGAAGAAGGGAGACGAGGAAGCAGACCCGAAAUUGAAGGAAUUCCUCGAAGUGUACAAGCCAAAGAUCAAAAAGGCGGUCUGGGAGAAUGAGACCGAACAGUCAGAGACCGUAGCUACUGCGCAGGACCAAGAACAACCGGCUGCUGUCGUCGACGGGGAAAGCGAUGACGAUUAUGAACAAGUGCCGAAGAAGGCCAAACGAGUGAAGGACCAAUCCAAAGCAGAGGACUCGGUCGUCCCCGAACAGACUCGACAUACUGCCCAAGAACCCGAAGUUGUGGAUGCGGAGGAUUCAGGAGAGCAGCCCAAAUCAACGCCUGACCAGCCAGCCUUGUCUGAUGCCGAUUGGGCACGGUCGCGGACAAGCCGCCUUCUGGGUCUCCUCGACGAUGAUGAGGACGCGGACGUCGCAACUACAAAGCCUCUGGCCGGAUCUGAAGAUGACUCUGACGUGGACAUGGAUGCUGAGACCUCAUCAAAUGAAAAAGCCGUUUCGGCGGCGGCAGCAGCAGCCUCGAUUCCUACACCUGGAGACGCGACACGAGAUGCGACAGAAUCUAAGGACGAUGCUGCAACUACCGCUGAAGACUCAGAGGGCGUUCGCUCAAGCAUGCGUUUGUUCGUUCGAAAUCUUCCGUUCGACCUCCAACCUGAGGAACUUGAGGCUGAAUUUGCCCAGUAUGAGAACUUGGAAGAGGUCCACCUUGCUCGCGACAAGAAGACGGGCACGGGCAAAGGCUUUGCGUUUGUGCAAUACACAGACCCUGACUCCGCCGAGCAAGCACUUACCGACCGUGACGGGAAACCCUUUCAAGGCCGCCUCCUACAUAUCAUAGCUGCGAAACCACGUCGUCAGCAGCUUGACGAGUUCGAAAUAUCUAAGCUACCUCUGAAAAAGCAGCAGGAGAUUAAGCGUCGUAGAGAGGCGUCCUCCAAGACGUUCAACUGGAAUGCCCUCUACAUGAAUGCCGACGCCGUCGUUUCCAGUGUUGCCAGCCGCCUCGGCUUAUCCAAGUCGGAGGUGCUCGACCCCACCAGCAGCGAUGCGGCAGUAAAGCAGGCUCAUGCCGAGACCCAUAUCAUCCAGGAGACAAAAUCGUACUUCAGACAACAAGGCGUUGAUCUCGAUUCCUUCAAGAGAAGUCAGCGUGGCGAUACGGCCAUCCUGGUCAAGAACAUACCAUCUGACUGCAGCAAAGACGAGCUCAAACGACUAUUCGAGGAGCAUGGGGACAUCAAGAAGUUCCUCAUGCCUCCGUCUGGCACCAUUGCUAUCAUUGAAUAUGCAAACUCGGCUCAAUGUCAAGCCGCAUUUGGUGCUCUCGCAUAUCGAAAGCUGAGAAGCUCGAUGCUGUUCCUAGAGAAAGCGCCAAAGGAUCUGUUCUCGGGAGCGCCAGUCGCUAGCGAGGUGACAACUGAUGGCGUGAGCAAAGUCUCGGGGGCAGAUCUCAAGGACUCUGAGCAGACUGUUCCCGACACUCUUGGUUCAGCCACCCUUUACGUGCGAAACCUGAACUUCACCACUACGACUCAGCUUCUAACGGACACCUUCAAACCCUUGAGCGGCUUUCUCUCUGCUCGCGUCAAGACCAAGACCGACCCAAAGAAACCUGGUCAAGUUCUCAGCAUGGGCUUUGGCUUCCUGGAGUUUCGAUCUGCGCAGGAGGCCCAAGCUGCUCUGCAGGCCAUGGAUGGCUACACUUUGGAAGGUCAUAAGUUGCAGAUCCGGGCCAGCCACAAGGGAGCCGAUGCUGCUGAAGAGCGCCGGAAAGCCGAUGCUGAGAAGAAGGCUGCCGGCCGAAAAACCAAGGUCAUCAUCAAGAAUUUGCCAUUCGAAGCCACCAAGAAGGACAUUCGAGCCCUCUUCGGUGCUUAUGGUCAGCUUCGCAGUGUACGAGUGCCCAAGAAGAUGGACCGUGGCGCCCGUGGCUUCGCCUUCGCCGAUUUCAUGACCGUCAAGGAAGCCCAAGGUGCCAUGGAUGCCCUGCGCGAUACCCAUUUGUUGGGUCGCAGGCUUGUGCUCGAUUUUGCUGCAGAGGAUCCCGAAGAUGCCGAAGCUGAGCUCGAGAAGAUGCAACAGAAGGUUGGAGCUCAAGUCAACAAGGUCGCACUGCAGAAGCUCACCAGUGGUGGACGAAAGAAGUUUACCACACAGCAAGAUGAGGACGAUGGAUGA